UAUAUAUAUAAACUAACCUUGAGAAACAAAGUUGAAUAAUCUUGCUUCUAAAGAACACAAGAGAGUUAACUAAACUAGCUUGUGAGAGCACAAAUAAUUCAUCUCAAUUUCAAGAUGGUUAGGGCUCCUUGUUGUGAAAAGAAAGGAUUGAAGAAAGGUCCUUGGACCUUAGAGGAAGAUGAAAUCCUCACAUCAUACAUCAAUAAACAUGGACAUAGCAAUUGGCGUGCCCUACCAAAACAUGCAGGUUUAUUAAGAUGUGGAAAGAGUUGUAGAUUGAGAUGGAUUAACUAUUUAAAACCUGAUAUUAAGAGAGGAAAUUUUACAAAUGAAGAAGAGGAAACUAUCAUCAAGAUGCAUGAAUCACUGGGGAACAGGUGGUCAGCCAUAGCAGCAAAAUUACCUGGAAGAACAGACAAUGAAAUAAAAAAUGUAUGGCACACUCACUUGAAGAAAAGAUUAUUGAAUACCAAUAAUAACCAACCAAAUUCAAAUACCAAAAAAAGAGUGUCAAAACAAAAAAUCAAAAGAUCUGAUUCCAAUUCCAGCACUUUAACUACAGCAUCAAAUUGCACUUUUUCUAGUGAUUUUUCAUCACAAGAAAAAAAUUUGGACAAUAGCAUCAUUUGUGAAGACUCAUUGGUGACAAUGCCUGAAAUUGAUGAAAGCUUUUGGUCAGAGACAGUAAUUGAUGAUGAAAUUAGUUCCACCAUGCCAUCAAAUUCUAUGACAGUUUCAAAUGAUUUACCAGAUCAACAAUGCAUUUUUAAUAAUUCCGUGGAAAAUUUUCAAAACCCUUUUGAUAAUGAUGAUGAUGGCAUGGAUUUUUGGUAUGAUGUGUUCAUCAAAUCAGGAGAAUCAACAGAAUUGCCAGAGUUUUAGACUUAUAUCAUGAUCAUUUUUUGAUGGUGUGUUACUAAAUAUAAACAAACACUUUUUAAAUUAAAUUAUGUCACUAAAUUCAAUUUGUUCGUUACAAUAGGUGAAAGGGUACAUUGUUGUAUCUAGUUUCAAUAGCAAGUCAAUCAUUGGUAAAGGGUGGUGAUGAUAUAUAUAUCUAUGAUGUAAAAGGAAAAUACAAAUUUAUUUUAUACAAUAUUUAUACUCUGCAAAACAUUAGGUUAGCUAAACAAAAAUUUCUUGUAAAAGAUUAUAUCAUUAGGUUAGAGAUAUUCAAUUGCAAUAGUAAUAAAUUAUGAACCAAGUUAUGUGAA